AUGGCACGAACAAAACAAACUGCCCGCAAAUCCACCGGUGGAAAGGCUCCCAGAAAGCAGCUAGCUACUAAAGCUGCUCGAAAAUCAGCUCCGGCGACCGGAGGUGUGAAGAAGCCACACAGAUUCAGGCCAGGAACCGUUGCACUAAGAGAGAUCCGUAAGUACCAGAAGAGCACAGAGUUGUUGAUCCGCAAACUUCCAUUUCAGAGACUUGUGAGAGAAAUCGCUCAAGAUUUCAAGACAGAUUUGAGGUUCCAGAGCAGUGCUGUUGCUGCACUUCAAGAGGCGUCGGAGGCUUACUUGGUGGGUUUGUUUGAAGAUACUAAUUUGUGUGCGAUUCAUGCUAAGAGGGUUACAAUUAUGCCUAAGGAUAUGCAAUUGGCUAGGAGGAUUAGAGGCGAGAGAGCUUAG